ACGGAGGGAGUGAUAGAUAAGCAAACAGGAACUUGUUAUGCUGUGACAUACUGUAAGGCUGGGUAAACGAAACAAGACUCUGCUGGGGAUCGCGAGGUUGAAUCUGUUGUGUUUUUAAUUCUCACAGGACUCCACAUGGAGCCAACAAAUCUACAGAAAGCUAUUGCCGUAGCACAGAAGGCUUCAGAGCAAGACCAGGCUGGGAACUAUGAGGAGGCCAUCCGCUCCUACCAACAUGCUGUCAAGUACUUUCUGCACAUUGUAAAACGUGAACCGCAGGGUAAAGAUGGCAACCAGAAGAUCAGAGAUAAAUGUAAACAGUACCUGGACCGAGUGGAAGAACUACAGGGGCACCUAGUGAAUAAAGAGAUUGUUAAAGAAAAUGAAAUCGAAGCUUCGCAGCUUCCAAGCAUGCAGAAAGCCAUUGAUCUUGCCAGCAAGGCGGCUCAGGAGGAUAAAGCUCAGAAAUACGAGGAGGCUCUGCGUCUUUACCAGGCUGCUGUCCAGUACUUCCUCCAUGUGGUGAAAUAUGAAGCCCAGAGUGACAAAGCUAAACAGAGCAUCAGGGCAAAAUGUGCUGAAUACUUGGACAGAGCAGAGAAGUUGAAGGAGUAUCUAAAGAAGAAAGAAAAUGCUCCUCCCGCUAAGCCUGUCAAAGAGUCACAGUCUGAUGACAAAGGGAAUGAAAGCGAUGAAGGUGACGAUCCAGAGAAAAAGAAGUUCCAAAAUCAACUCUCAGGUGCAAUUGUUAUGGAGAAACCAAACAUCCUAUGGAGUGACGUUGCUGGUUUAGAGGGAGCCAAGGAGGCACUGAAAGAAGCUGUUAUUCUUCCAAUCAAAUUCCCCCACCUUUUCACAGGAAAGAGAACUCCAUGGAGAGGGAUCUUGCUCUUUGGGCCUCCGGGUACAGGAAAGUCCUAUCUGGCUAAAGCUGUUGCCACAGAGGCAAACAACUCAACCUUCUUCUCCAUCUCCUCGUCUGACCUUGUCUCCAAAUGGCUGGGAGAGAGUGAAAAGUUGGUGAAGAAUCUUUUUACCCUUGCAAGGGAGCACAAGCCUUCUAUCAUUUUCAUUGAUGAGAUUGACUCCCUGUGUGGCUCAAGAAGUGAGAACGAGAGUGAGGCUGCUCGCCGUAUCAAGACAGAGUUCCUGGUUCAGAUGCAGGGUGUGGGAAAUGACAACGAGGGAGUGCUGGUACUUGGGGCAACAAACAUCCCAUGGACCCUAGACUCUGCCAUCAGAAGAAGAUUUGAGAAGAGGAUCUACAUCCCGCUGCCCGAAGAGCACGCCCGCUCCUUCAUGUUCAAGCUCCAUCUGGGCUCGACCCCCAACAGUCUCAACGACAGCGACUUUGUCACUCUGGGCAAGAUGACCAGUGGAUACUCCGGAGCAGAUAUCAGUGUCAUUGUCAGAGACGCUCUAAUGCAGCCUGUUCGAAAGGUCCAGUCAGCAACCCACUUCAAACGGGUACGAGGUGCAUCAAGAACUGACGCCAACGUCGUUGUAGAUGACCUCUUGACUCCCUGCUCACCUGGCGAUCCCUAUGCGGUUGAAAUGACAUGGAUGGAAGUGCCUGGGGAGAAGCUAUUGGAACCUGUAGUAAGCAUGCCUGACAUGUGUAGGUCUCAGGCCAACACAAAGCCAACAGUCAAUGAACAAGAUCUGGAUAAACUGAAAAAAUUCACAGAGGACUUUGGACAGGAAGGCUAGGAGGGAUGAUUGAGCCAGGCCAAACCAAAGCAAAGGAAUUGUGAUUGUGUCUCUUUACUGUCCUUGUCCCUUUUUUGUCUCUCUCUGUCUCAUCAUAACCAGUCACCAGGCUUCAUGGUUUAUCAUAAGUGGACAAGAUUACUGUGUUGUUUUGCCAAUUUGAUACCCACGCAAAGGGUGGAAGGACCUUGUUUUAUUCCAUGUUAACCAUUGUCCAAAGAACAUUAAAGACUUCCCAUCUGCAGCCGACCCGAUAAAAGAAUCAACACAACAUAAAGAAUUUAGAGGAUUGUUGGACUUUAAGACUAAAGUUAUUGAUUAGCAGAAUACCCAAGAAACUUAGGGAAACUAACAGCAGACAUGCACAACAAUUAUUGCAAAUAAGGCUAUUGAAAUCAAUAUAAUUUAUUUUCAGUUAGGACUAGCUACUUUCCGGUCAGAAUACAUCUCACUAGGCUAAUAAAUACCCCUUAUGUAUUCUAUAUUUUAUAUUAAGAAAACAAGCAUUUUAUAGUGUAUACUGUUCUUUGUGGAAUGUAUAAAUCUUGGUCUGGGGGAGUGAAGUGGGGCAUGAGUUCAUAGGAUUCGUUGCGGUGAAAUAUAUCAGUGUUGUCUCAAGGUGGUGGAAGUUUAAGACUUUUGAGACAGAGAUACUCAGGAUGAGAGCUGCAUUAGACCCUGUGGAAAUUUUUGGAUUGUUUAUCCAGUUUCCUAACAAAGGACAAUUGUAUUUGUUUACUCAUUUGUCAUUUGAAUUAAAACACGGCUACAAGGGUGGAUCACCAAUGGUGCCAGACCAGCAUUAUUCUACAAUUUUUCAAGGACUCAAUAGUUUGAAUUGCUUUGUCACUCAGCUCAUAGUUUUUUUUUUCACAACCUACUGUACAUAUGAUUCAUUACUAUCCACAAGCUAUGCUGGUUAUCCUUAAUAUAAAGUGCAAAAAAACGAAGCCUUAUGUUACGAUACAGUCACAUUAUGAAUUUUGAUAAAAACAAGACCGAGUUGGACACUGAUGGCUGAGGUGGAGAGAUCAUUUUGUAUACUUAAUAUAGGGAUGCAUCUCCACUCCAAGCAUGAACUAUAUGUAGCCAUGAGUGGCAGUGUGCACCAUGUGCCUUCCAGAAAGCUGCAAGAUUAUUUUUUAUUGGUUUAUUUCUAAAUUGGUCAUACUGCUUAUAUAUCCAGUGCUUUGUCACUACAACUAAGAAAUGUAUAAUACUUCAUUUCAUGUAAGCUCCUUUAGAGAUUGUAUUCCACUGUGCUCUUUUUCUCCUACGGUGUGCACACUAUCUCUUUUUGAGUUUUUGAUGGGGAACAUCUUAUUUUUCUGUAAAUGUCUAUACAUAUAGCCAACACUUUUCUUUGUGAAGAGGUCACCCAUGCAUAUGAUUUUCUGUUUUUGUUUCCAUAAUGUAAAUAAAAGUUAUAGCUAAGUCAAGAAAA